GUCCUGUUCGUUGAAGUUGGAGGUCGAGGCUGCCGUCUCCCAUCAUCCACGCCGAGAGUCCAAGCUCCAAAACCAAACCAGAACCGUUUGAUCCGUCAGUAGCCGCGGCCGCCGGCGAUGGAGAAGGGCAAGGGCCUCGCCCGCCGCUGGGCAGUGGAGCUCCACGACGCAUCUUCCUCCUCAUCCUCGCCUGCCUUCCCCGAUCCCCCCGGCUUCACCAGAUCUGCCCCGGAAGCGGACGACGCCGCCAGCGCGCGGCAGCGCAAGGAGACCGAAGCCGCCUGGAAGGGGCAGAAAGCCUGGGAGGUGGCGCAGGCGCCCUUCAAGAACCUGAUGAUGAUGGGUUUUAUGAUGUGGAUGGCCGGGAGCACAGUGCACCUGUUCAGCAUUGGCAUCGUCUUCUCUGCUCUCUGGCAGCCCUUCAACGCACUCCGAUCUGUCGGGAAAGUUUUUGAACCAUUUAAGGACCCAAGGGUGGAUACACUUGCACCUAAGUUGCUCUUCACUGCUCUCAACUUGGCCGCUAUGGGUUUGGGUGUUUGGAAGCUCAAUACAUUGGGUCUUCUUCCAACAAAUGCAUCAGACUGGGUAUCUUCACUGUCUCCUGCUCGGGAGGUUGAAUAUGCUGGUGGAGGGAUCCCCUUGAUGUAAUGCCCCUUAUGAUCUUCAAUUGGUAAAACUCUUUAGUUUUAGUACUUGGAGGAUGGUAUCUGUACUAAAGCGAAAUUUACCCUGCUGAAGGGAGAGAUUUUAUGCGGGUUUGUUGUAUUUUUUGUUUCACAUGUACCAAAUUCGGAUUGAUAUCUAUAGACAAAUCACAGGCUUAGCUAAAGAUAGCUUGCUCAUUUUUUUUAUCUUUUCUGCUUACCAUGUCUGAUUCAAUAGAGAAGUUGUUGCUAACUCUCCCAUUCAAUGUAGUGGACGAACUUCUUUGUUUUGUUCAAUUAAUAGCUGUGAGAUUUGUUGUUGGGUUUA